CCCAGUGAAAUACCCUAGAGUUUUAAACAUUUUUGUUUGUUCUUCCAAAAAAGUGUUUAGCUAAAUACAAAACUGUAUCUUUACUUUUUGUGCACUUUGAAGUUCUUUGAAAUCCAAGUGGAAUAGCCAAAAGUUUUUGACUUCUGGCAAAAAUCCUUUAAACAGAAAAACUGAAAUGCGAAACUCUUGAAGUUUGUUCCCAUGGCUUGGGUUCAAAAACUUUUUUGUUCCAAGUCGCUUUAAGUGCGUUAAGAGCCGAAGAAGACACUGAGAGACUUGGAGAGAGAGAGAGAUGCGAAGAGAGGAGAAUGGGAAAUCGGCGGCAACAACAAUCAAAACAAAAACAGAAGAGCAAGAAGAAGAGAGAAUGCAAGUUAAAUUAUCCAAUGGCAGCGACGCCGGCAGCGAAGCGAGAAAGAAAAGCACGUUAAAGUGAAAGUCGAAAACAAAAUUCAAGAGAAGUAAAAAAAAGAAAAAGAAAUUAAAGCCAGCAGAGGCAGCAACAGCGGCCGCUUCGUAAAUGGGAAUGACAGGCAGGCUUGUCAAUGUGACUUUUUCCAUAUCCCCUAAAACGUCGCAUCAAGUAGAGUUAUCGACGAGAACAACAACAACACACAUCGUGUCACACAUUCAAACCGCGUUAAGUAGCUAUGUCGGAGGCUGUUACGCCCACGACGACGACGACGCCAACAGUUUUUGACCCAACCGCCGAGGCGGCCGAAAAGGCGCUCUGCUUCCGUGGCAUUUGGGCUUGGCUGGUGUUGAUCCUGCUCAUUGGACUCGCCGUCUUUGCAGUGAUGUGGCUGCUGCGCAAGUUCAUUCAAGGUCCCGUCUAUCGCAAAAAGAAUCGCAUCGAUGGCAAGGUGGUCAUCGUCACCGGCUGCAACACGGGCAUUGGCAAGGAGACGGUCCUCGAGCUGGCGCGGCGUGGUGCCAAGAUCUACAUGGCCUGUCGAGAUCCCGCACGCUGCGAGGCAGCUCGCAUUGAGAUCAUCGAUCGCACCCAGAACCAACAGCUCUUCAAUCGCAGCCUCGACUUGGGAUCGUUGGAGUCGGUGCGCAACUUCGUUGCUCGCUUCAAGGCGGAGGAGACCCGACUCGAUCUGCUGGUGAAUAAUGCCGGCAUUAUGGCCUGUCCACGCUCCCUAACUGCCGAUGGCUAUGAACAGCAGUUUGGCGUCAAUCAUCUUGGUCACUUUCUGCUCACGAAUCUCCUGCUCGAUCGCCUCAAGCAGGCGUCGCCCAGUCGCAUUGUGGUCGUUAGUUCGGCGGCCCAUUUGUUUGGUCGCAUCAAUCGUGAGGAUCUGAUGAGUGAACGCAAGUAUGGCAAAUUCUUCGGCGCCUACAGUCAGUCGAAGUUGGCCAACAUUCUCUUCACCCUGAAGUUGUCCAAACUGCUGCAAGGCAGCGGUGUCACCGUCAACUGUUGUCAUCCGGGCGUGGUGCGCACCGAACUAAAUCGGCAUUUCGUUGCACCCGGCUGGGUGAAGAGCUGCAUCCAAACGCUGGCACUGUACUUCAUGAAGUCACCGCAGGCAGGAGCACAGACUUCGUUGCGCCUGGCGCUCGAUCCCUCGCUGGAGGGUUCUUCGGGGGAUUAUUAUUCGGAUAGCAUGCGAUUCCCACUAGUGCCAUGGGCACGUAACAUGGAGACCGCCGACUGGUUGUGGCGGGAGAGUGAGAAACUUGUCGGUCUGCCGCCCAUUGAGCCACAAAAUGGCGGUGUGCAACAGAAUGGGAAUGGAACACGUCCUGUCGCAGGAGGAGCAGGAGGAGGAGGAGGUGAGAGCAUUGAGACCGUUGUAGUUGAUCGCACAAGCAGUUAAGAAGACUGCACAGCUCGCCAUCGCAGCCUUGUUAUAAGGCAUGGAGACGAAAGCUUUGCUUGGAACCAAACCAGUGGGAACUAGUUUUUUUUUUACAUCAAAGCGAUCGGUUAUCAAAAUUGUCUUUGUUCUUUAUUUUUUUGUUGUUGCUAUUAACUUGACGGCAGCAGCAGCAAAAGCUUUAUGAUUAUUAUAGCAAUUUAUUUAAAUGCAGCUAAUUCUCUUACAAAUUUUGUGUGCCUAGCUUUAAGUGGAGAACUCAAUUAAAAUACAAAGUGAAAAAAAAAGAUAA